AUGGCUCCUGCUGCAACCACUGAUCUCAUCCCGACUACGGGAAAGACUUAUACAGAGCCCACCAAUGCGCUUGCCACAGCGCCGGAAGGUGACUGGCGGGCGCAGCUCCGGACAGAUGGCUAUGCCGUCAUCAAAGGGGCGAUUCCGCUGGAGCGAGCCCUGGAGUAUCAGCGCAAAGCGCGCAAAUGGCUCAAAUCAUUCGGAAAUGAUGACCUGGAUUACGAGAACCCCCAGACAUGGCUAGCCAAGAACUUGCCCGUACAGAGCACAAUCAAUACAUUCAGCGCAUACGGGGUAUCCCACGAGAAGUUCAUGUGGGACGCAAGAAUGGAACCUGGGGUGACUGAGGCUUUUGCUCAAAUCUGGGGUACCGACGAGCUUCUGGUCAGCUUCGACAGUCUCAACAUCACCUUCCCAAACCGCAAGGAUGUCCCCCGAAAGGGUGCCUGGGAGCACGUGGAUCAGAGUCCUUUCCGGCGAGGCAUGCACUGCGUUCAAGGCAUCAUCAACCUGUCUACAUCGGGGCCCAACGAUGGCGGCUUGGUUGUCUACCCGGGGUCUCAUCGCUACCACGACGAUUUCUUUGAUGGACAGACCGAUCGCGCGACCUGGGGAUCCAAGGAUCUAUAUUGGUUCAAGGAGGACCAGCUGUCGUGGUUCAAGUCCCGUGGCAUUGCUCCACACAAGAUCUGUGCCGACCUUGGGGAUUUGAUCGUGUGGGAUAGUCGCACCAUCCAUUAUGGAGCCGAGCCUACAGAGGAAGGGAACGUGAUCCGUACCGUUAUCUAUGCUGCAUACUCCCCUGCGAGACUCGCAUCUCCCGAAACUCUAGAACGCAAGGCAGCCGUAUUCCGGAGAUACGGAGGGACCACGCACUGGCCUCAUGAUAAUGUUGUCAUUCGCAAGACCUGGGCUAUCUUGCCGGAUGGAACACGGGAUCCUCGGGAUCGAGACGAGCCUUUGGAAUUGCCGGAUGUGACGGAUCAAUUGCUGAAGCUGGCGGGAGUGAAGCCCUACUAG